AUGAGUUGUAUUUUUGUGCUCUUCCUCUUGUCCCUAGCUCUUGCAUGUGAUGCUAGGGUUCUACUUGACAAUGCAAAUAAUGAAGGUUUUGUUGGAGUCAAUGGUGCCCAUUUUGAACUCAAUGGAUCACCUUUUCUAUUCAAUGGUUUCAAUUCCUACUGGCUAAUGCAUGCUGCUGCUGAGCCUAGUGAGAGAUACAAGGUUACUGAAGUCCUCCAAGAAGCUUCUUCUUCGGGCCUUUCUAUAUGUCGGACUUGGGCUUUUAGUGAUGGAGGUGAUAGGGCACUACAAAUUUCCCCUGGUGUUUACGAUGAACGUGUUUUUCAGGGUUUGGAUUUUGUUAUAUCGGAGGCAAAGAAGUAUGGAGUUCGCUUAAUCUUGAGCUUCGUAAACAACUACAAAGACUUUGGAGGAAAAGCUCAAUAUGCUCAAUGGGCACGAAAUGUGGGAGCUCAGAUAAAUGGCGAGGAUGAUUUCUACACUCAUUCUAUGAUUAAAGAUUAUUACAAGAAUCACAUUAAGAAAGUUAUUACUAGGUUCAAUACCAUUACUGGAAUGGAUUACAAAGACGAUUCAACUAUCAUGGCUUGGGAACUAAUGAAUGAGCCCCGCAACCAAGCUGAUUAUUCUGGAAAUACUGUUAAUGCGUGGGUUCAAGAAAUGGCAAGUUUUGUGAAAUCUUUAGACAACAAACACUUGUUGGAGAUAGGAAUGGAGGGAUUUUAUGGUGACUCAAUGUCGGACAGAAAGUCAGUUAAUCCUGGUUAUCAAGUUGGAACAGACUUUAUCAGUAACCAUUUAAUCAAAGAGAUUGAUUUUGCCACUAUUCAUGCAUACACUGACCAAUGGUUAUCUGGUCAAAAUGAUGAUGCUCAAAUGGCAUUUAUGCAAAGAUGGAUGACAAGCCAUUGGCAGGAUGCUAAAAACAUACUAAGAAAACCAUUGGUUUUAGCAGAAUUUGGCAAGUCAAGCAAAGAUCCAGGAUUUAGUCAAAAUGCACGAGACACAUUCAUGAGCACUAUAUAUAGAAACAUUUAUAGUUUUGCUAAAGACGGAGGAACAAUGGGAGGAAGUUUAAUAUGGCAACUAAUGGCACAAGGAAUGGAGAAUUAUGACGAUGGUUAUUGUAUUGUGUUGGCUCAAAAUCCAUCAACUUCUGGAAUUAUUACAGGCCAAUCUCAUGCCAUGACUGCCUUGGCUCAUUUGGUUCAGGCGUAG